AUCGCACCCACCCGAAUUGUUCCAGCUCCCCCCAAAAGGCGAGGGGAGAUUCCGACCCGUCGCCCCGUACGCGCAGCAUCCCGCACCGAUUCCAGUUCUCGUCUCCGCCCCCAAAAUUCUCCGGGGGAGAGGCCUUGGCUUUGGCUUCGCUUCGACUCGGUUCCUGGAUGACUCACCUGAACUUAACGGAAUCCCGACGCCGAUGCCACAAGCAACCGUCGAAAACGGAGGAAGCGCGGUAAACCCGGCCGCCGCAGGGCCCGAACUGGCACCGCCACCCAACGGCCCGAGAGGACUACUAGUACUCCACCUCCAUUCACAGGCGCGCGUGGCCGGUAGGCGCGGUAGCCACUGCGCGGUAGCCACUUUCUUCUUCGUCUCCUCUUCCAGAAGCGCAGGCCGCGCUGUGCAAAGGCUCCGUCGUCUUCCUCGCACCUUCCCCGCUCGCCGAGAACGACUCAGCACCGCACCAGCGCGGGCGCGCCAGCACGCACGCGCGCGCGGGGGGAGAAGGAGGAGGCGGGGAGGGGAGCGGCGGUCGGAUUCGGUCCAGUCCGGCCGGCGCGCGCCCACCGUCGCUCCCGCGGCCGCAGCGCCAGCCAGGCGGCAGCCGAUCCCCGAGGGGGCGACGAGUCGGUGCGCGGAGGCGCGGGGGCGAUGCGGAGGGGCGGUGCCGGGUGUCCGGGCUGCCGUUGGGGGAGCGCGUGAGGGCGGCCCGCCCGCGGAUCUUCUGGAUUGGUUGGGACGCAGGGGCCGCGCGGCUCCGAUUGGCGCGGGCGGGACUGCGUCAGGGGCGGCGGCGGUGACGCAAGGGGGAGGGAGGAUCAGUAGGUAGCAUUUGGAGGAGGAGCGGGCGCGAUGGUGAGCGGCCACAUCUUCCACUGCCGGCGGAACUCGUGGCCGGCGGAGGAGUACGUCGGUCGGACAGCGCUGCAACUGUUGGAUUUUGAUGGCGGGGCGCCGCCGGAGCAGGCGUGGCGGCGGAAGCUCAACAGCCACGCCAACCUGCUCAAGGAGUUCAGCGUCACCUUCAUGGAGGCAAUGAGGAUGAUGAGCCUUGGCCUGAGACUGUGGUCCUAUGUCCGGGAGGAGGCGUCACAUGGAAGGAAAGCUCCGAUCGAUCCAUUCACAAAAGAGCGCUGUAGGCCGUCAGCUUCGCAGGGUGUGCCACUUGGUGGGAUGGGGAGCGGUAGCAUUUCGAGGGGUUUCAGGGGAGAGUUCAAGAAUUGGCACAUCAUACCUGGUCUUUGUGAGAGUGCACCGGUCAUGGAGAACCAGUUCUCUAUAUUUGUAUCUCGAGAUGGGGGGAAUAAAAAAUACUCAUCAGUGUUGGCUCCUGGACAUCAUGAAGGUUUGAAGAAAAACAGUGACUCUGGAAUUUCUUCGUGGGACUGGAACUUGAGUGGUCAACACUCGACCUAUCACGCAUUGUUCCCUCGGGCAUGGACUGUUUAUGAUGGUGAACCAGAUCCAGACCUUAAAAUAUCGUGUCGCCAGAUAUCACCAUUCAUUCCUCAUGAUUACAAGGAUAGCAGUCUUCCGACAUCUGUGUUUGUGUACACGCUGGUGAACACUGGGAAAGAUCGUGCAAAAGUAAGCCUGUUAAUGACAUGGGCGAACUCAAUUGGAGGAUUUUCGCACAAUUCAGGAGGCCACUACAAUGAGCCCUUCAUUGCGGAAGACGGAGUAUCGGGAGUUCUUCUGCAUCACAAAACAGCCAAGGAUAAUCCACCAGUUACUUUUGCUGUUGCUGCCUGUGAAACCCAGAAUGUGAAUGUGACAGUUUUGCCAGUGUUUGGCCUUACUGGAGAAAACCAUGUUUCAGCAAAGGAAAUGUGGAAUACCAUAGUACAGAAUGGAAAUUUCAAUCAGGAAAAUUUCACUGCUGGUCCCAGUAUGCCUUCUUCUCCGGGACAGAAACUCUGUGCAGCUGUCUCAGCCUCGACUUGGGUAGAGCCGCAUGGCAGAUGUACUGUUGCAUUUGCUCUGGCUUGGUCCUCACCUAAAGUAAAGUUUCAGAAGGGGUGCACUUAUAACAGGAGAUACACCCAAUUUUAUGGAACUUCUGAGAGAUCAGCUGUUAAUUUGGUACAUGAUGCCUUGACAAAAUAUAAACUUUGGGAAGAAGAAAUUGAGAAGUGGCAAAAUCCCAUACUCAAGGAUGAAAGACUGCCAGAAUGGUAUAAGUUCACUCUUUUUAACGAGCUUUACUUUCUGGUAGCUGGGGGGACAGUUUGGACAGAUGGUCAACCCCCAGCAAUCGAUGAGAAAGCAAGUCCUGGUUCCAAGUCCUCAAAACGGGGCGCUAAAGAUACCAAGACGGAAUCUGUUAAAGAUAGCCAUGUCAGCAUGACAGCAGAGCUAGUCCCUGAUAGUGGUCACAUGACAAAUGGUGAUGAGCGUAGUGUAUCAAAGUUUGCAGCAGUUCAUGGGUCACAAAUGCAAGAACAAACAAAUGGAGGACUCAAGUUGGAAGAGCCAAUUCCUUACUUGAUUUCCAAGGAUGGCCCUGAAAAUGUUGGCAAGUUCUUGUAUCUAGAAGGAGUGGAAUACAUCAUGUGGAACACAUAUGAUGUGCAUUUCUAUGCAUCUUUUGCUCUCCUCGAUUUAUUCCCAAAAAUUGAGCUGAGUAUCCAACGUGAUUUUGCCAAUGCUGUUCUGUAUGAAGAUCGGCGUAAAGUCAAAUUUUUGGCUGAUGGUACAUCAGGAAUCCGCAAGGUUAAAGGUGCUGUUCCUCAUGACCUUGGAACACAUGAUCCUUGGCAUGAAAUGAAUGCAUAUAACAUUCAUGAUACAAGCAAAUGGAAAGAUCUAAACCCCAAAUUUGUGCUCCAGAUAUACAGAGACUUUGCUGCCACAGGUGACAUGCAAUUCGGUAGAGAUGUCUGGCCUGCAGUCUGUGCUGCUAUGGACUACAUGGAUCAAUUUGAUCGUGAUCGUGAUGGCCUCAUUGAGAAUGAUGGAUUUCCUGAUCAAACCUAUGAUGCAUGGACUGUUCAUGGAAUCAGUGCUUACUGUGGUUGUCUCUGGCUUGCUGCACUUCAAGCUGCUGCUACAAUGGCACACCGUCUUGGGGAUCGGCAAUUUGCUGAGAAAUACAAGCUCAAGUUUAUAAAAGCCAAAGCAGUAUAUGAGGCAAAGUUAUGGAAUGGGUCAUAUUUCAAUUACGACAGUGGCACAAGUAGCAACAGCAGAUCCAUCCAGGCUGAUCAGCUGGCAGGCCAGUGGUACACCGCCUCAUCAGGAUUGCCCCCGCUUUUUGACGGGCAUAAGAUAAGAACUGCUCUGCAGAAAAUAUUUGAAUUCAAUGUCAUGAAGGUUAAAGGAGGGCGGAUGGGAGCCGUUAAUGGUAUGACUCCAAAGGGAAAGGUGGAUGAGACAUGCAUGCAAUCUCGUGAAAUCUGGACUGGAGUUACAUAUGCUGUUGCUGCAAAUAUGCUGCUCCAUGGAAUGGAGCAUCAAGGUUUUACCACCGCGGAAGGAAUUUUUAUUGGUGGAUGGUCUGAAGAAGGAUAUGGUUAUUGGUUCCAGACACCAGAAGGAUGGACCACAGAUGGGCAUUAUCGGGCGCUUGUAUACAUGCGACCUCUUGCCAUUUGGGCAAUCCAAUAUGCACUCUCCCCUCCAAAGGCAAUCCUUGAGGCCCCAAAAGUUAAUCUAAUGGACCGGAUACACAUAUCCCCCCACAUGGCUCGAGCAAUUAGCGAGAUAAGCAUUAGAAAAAUAGCACCCGACAAUAGAUGUUUCCCUACCUCUGCCUUUAAGUGUGAAUGCUGAUACAAAGGUAACAUGCAACUGCUGAUCCACUUACAAGCUUUUCGGCUUUUCGGUUUCUCCUUGCCCCCCUUCCAAGAUCCAGUUAGGGUUCAGGAGUUCUUUUCUUGAAUCUGAGGGCAUAUCCAAACCACCACAAAAACUCAGAGGCGCGAAAGAGUUGUAUAAUUGUACAGAAAACUGUUAAUCAUAUAAUGUUUUGUUUUGACUUUGAAAAUCUUACGGUGCUGAUGUUACAACUAUCUGAGCUGCCCCGUGUAGUGUAGCUGUUCUAGGGAAACACGGUGCAUAUAGAGAAGUAUGGUUAAUGGAGCACUAAACAGUUCACAUGAAGAGAAGAACUGGGUAAUUCUCCGUAUUGUAAUCAUGUGGCGCUACGAAGAGGUUUCAGUCCUUGCUGAUGUAACUCGUGUACUGGAAGAAAUUGAUGUAUCAGUUAAGAAAAUGAGGGCUAUCUAUUGCUGUGUAUAACGGGGGUUUGACUUGAAUCUAUGAAGAGUCCUUUCUGUGUUUUA